UGAUUGUCAAGCUUAACAUAAACCAAGUGUAUAUGUCUUCUCUAAUCAAUAAUCAUAACUUGAAGUAAAAAUUUAAUACAAAAUAUAGGGUUUAAAUUGUUUUUGAUAAGCUUUUGUAAUAAAAUUGCUUAGUAAUUAUAAUUUAUGACCCCUCAAAUAAUGUAUGAAGUACAAGAUGAGUGGGAAACUGCUUGGCCUGUUGAAGUGAAACUGGUUACAGAUGAUUCUAUAUGCAGUUUAUCUGAAACAGAAGCUGGAGGAGUUGACUUGCCAAAUGCCUCAAAAUGUAAGAAGGGAAAGAAUGAAGCUACCAAAGAAUAUGAAUGUUUCAAUUGUGAAUUUCAUACUCCUCAUCUAAGCCAACUUAAAUGCCAUAUAAAAAAUACGCAUUUAUUUUCUAAGUUUUCUCGACGUGCUGUAAAAUUGUUUUUGAAAUGUAAUGAAUGUGGUUAUAAAACUGGAUUUAUGAAUGAUUUAACUAAGCAUAUCGCCAAGCAUGCAGAUAGUAGUAGUAGUUUUUCAUGUAAGCUUUGUCCUUACAAAACAACUCACCAAAGUCGCUUAAAACAACAUUUAAGAAGGCAUGCUAAUGUUCAAAUACAUACUUGUGAAGUUUGCGGACGUUCUGUGUCUUCUUCUAGUGAUUUGAAAAAACACAUGAGAAUUCACACUGGAGAAAAACCUUAUACAUGUUCUUUAUGUGAUUAUUCAGCGAACUCCAGUACAUCCCUUAGAAUGCACAUGAGUAAGCAUACUGGUGAUAGACCUUUUGCUUGUGAGCUUUGUGAGUAUAAGACGGCUCGUCGUGGGGAUCUUACCUCUCAUAUGUUAUCUCAUUCUAAGGAUAAACCCUACGUGUGCCCUUGUGGGUUUCGAACUGCUCGUCCGGCUCACUUAAAGCGUCAUAUGGCAGUUCAUAAUGGUAAUCGUCCAUUCGCUUGUACAUUCUGUAAUAGUUAUUUCACUAGAUCAGAUGAUCUCAAAAAACAUAUAAAAAUUCAUGUUGGAGAGAGGAAUCAUCCAUGUCCACACUGCAAUUAUACAGCCCUUGCUCAAUCCACUCUUAGAAGACAUUUAAGGAGAAAACAUGCUGGGAAUAAAUCGGUCAAGCCAGAUAUUGAUGAUGUUUUGAAAACACCUUGUCCAUAUUGUGAUUAUAAAGCUAAAACGUCUCGCUCUCUCAAUUCACACAUAAAAAGAAGGCAUAUAAAUCCCUCUGCAGAAACAAGUAUAAUUGGAAGAACUCAUUUCCUAUGUUCUCUGCGCAAGCUUUGUUUUGUUUGCUUUCAUUGUGAAUAUCGAACAGGAUAUUUAAGUACAUUGAGAAGUCAUAUUACCACUGAACAUAAUGGAGGUAAUUGGAAAUCACGUUAACACUUGACCUAUGUUGUUUGUGAUAUUCAAUUUAUAGUGCAAUUUGCACUGAUUUCACAUGAAUUGUGAAAUGAGUAACAGCUCUGGGAGUUGUUGGAAAAGAUAUUAACCGAUGGAAAUGAAAUUAAAUCUCCUUUAUGACAAACUAUUUACUGAUAUUGUUUAAUAUGAAGUAUUUGAAGGAGAAUAUUGACGUUAAGAUAACCCCUAAAUUGAAAAAAAAGAAAAGAAUUAUUCAUCAUGGGGAACUAACGACUAACAAAGACAAUUUUAAUUCUGUUUCAGCUUUUUACUUAUAACAACUGCAGAUACACAUUACUUAUUGCCAAUACAGAUAUAGGGACCAUAUUAAUCAUGGUAAUAUGAAGUGUUGUUUUUUAUUGACUAAAAUUAUUUUUAAAACUACAGUACAGUUUCUUUUCCCAAUGCAUUUUGGACUUCAUUUUUGUUGGGUUAUAACUGUUGAUUACUACAAAGAGAGGUUUGUUCUGAAAGUGCUGGUUGAGCAAUGGCUUUAAUAACUAAAUUUUUUCGAUAUACCCAUACCUAGGCUAAUCAAUGUAGGUAUUUUGCUUGAAAUUAUCAUAAAUUAAUCGUAUAAUGUUAGUAUAGCUUAUGUUUUGAACUUGAGGAUCUUGUUAUACCAAACCGUCUCUCCUUUGGUAUUGAAUGGUACACUUAACAGUUUUUGAGUUCAGUUUAUGAUGGGUAAUUGGAUAAUGUGAAGUAUUAUUCAAAAAGUUGUUAAAAAUUCAUAGGCAAUUUUGAUUGAAAAUUUGAUCAUUGUCCUAUUCAAAUAUAAAAAAAAAAAUAGUAAUGAUGUAAAAAAAGAGAAGACAUGGAUGUAAUAUUGAUGGUACACUAAUUUUUUACAAAUCUUCAAUCAGUUACUGAGCACUAUCAAUUUAUGAGUAAAAGAAAUGAGACUGUUAUUGAAGUUUUUAUAUGUUAUAAAAGUGGUUCAUGAGGAGUAUUUUUGAAUUUACUAUUCAUCUUAAUUAUUAACGAAAUGUUAUUUCAUUUACUAAUAAUUAUUUCAACAUGUUACAUCUGAUUUGAAAUGAAGAAUAUAACAAACCAGUUGAAGCAUAUUGGUAAUUUUCAAACCGAAAUUUAUAGUAUAAAAUAAUUUUUUAAAUUUAUAUAACAUACUGCUGCAAAAAUCUGAAUAAACAUGAUUCCAAUGUUAACACU